CCCACCAUCAGUGGUCAGUGUUUUAAGAGCGCAUUGCUAGAUUCUCUCUUGAAAAUUCUUCCUCUUAUCUCGAUAACCUUGUUUUCAACCAAAAAGGAUACAUACUCCGCUUUAACCAUCUGUUAACUAACUUCAUCUAAUUUUAUAACACCAUUGCUGCAGAUUCCACAGCCACCACGUGAAUAUUAUGCCCCCCGAAUGUUUCAUUGGUGCAUAAUCCAGGUUGAUUUAUUGUUCUUUUACUCAUCGAAAUAACGUGGGACUACUCUAGACUCGAUAUAACACCCUAAAAAGUCAAAAUUCCCUAAAUUUUAUCACAAAAAACCUAAAAACUAAAAAACAUUGGCUUUUAAUUGACAACAUUGUUAUUGAAAAAUGUCAGACAUAAGGUCAACGACGAACAGUGCAGCAAACACCAACAAUGGUGCCUGUAUUGUUUGCUACAAGAAUGUGGACCUCUACAGCAUUGGCAUGUGCGAGCAUCCAGUGUGCUACGAGUGCAGCACUCGAAUGCGUGUCUUGUGUAAACAGAACGAGUGCCCCAUAUGUCGUCAAGAACUUCCGAAGGUCGUCUUCACGAGGGAGAUCAAACCAUUCCGUCAUAUACACAGGGGUAAUCUCCUGGACACUCGUUACAACAUCUAUUUCGAGAAUCCAGAGAUUCAGGAGAAAUUUACAGAGCUCCUGGCUCAUUCUUGCAACAUCUGCGAGGAGAGACAGGUUUUUAGCAGUUUUAACAGCCUGAAGGAGCAUAUGAGGAGGCAACAUGAGUUGCAUUACUGUGAUCUCUGCGUGGAAAAUUUGAAGAUAUUCUCCUGCGAGCGUCGCUGUUACUCCCGCGCAGACCUCGCCCACCACCGCCGAAAGGGUGACACAGACGACAAGAGCCACAAGGGCCACCCCCUCUGUGAAUUCUGCGACCGCAGAUACAUGGACAACGACGAGUUAUUCCGUCACUUACGACGCGACCACUUAUACUGCCACUUCUGUGACGCUGACGGCCUCCACCAGUACUACAGCUCCUACGACUACCUCCGCGACCACUUCCGCCAAGAGCACUACCUCUGCGAGGAGGGUGCCUGCUCCGAGGAGAAAUUCACCCCAGUCUUUCGAACGGACAUAGAUUUAAAAGCCCACAAGGCAUCAGUGCAUGGCAAGCACCUGGGUAAAGCAGCAGCCAAGCAAGCUCGAACCCUGGAGCUGGAGUUCACUUUAGCACCUCGUGGAGACCCCAGGAACUCCCGACGAGGUCCCCAGAUGGGUCCUGGCUCCUCCCAGAGGGACUACGCCCCCAGGAAUCGCGACUACGUGGACCAAAGGGACUUCCACGACCCCGACCCCCCCUCCUGCGACCCCGAGGCCCCCUUUAUGCGUCAGCCAGACGUCCAGAGCACCGAAGAGUUCCCCUCCCUGGGGAACACUCCUCUCCCCCCGGACCCCCAUCAAACCAAGUCAAAGGGUCGAGGAAACCUCACAAUCAGGAACUCCUUCGUCCAGCGGCCCCUGGCAGUGACCGACGAGAACUUCCCAGCACUGGGGCCAGACUCCACCCCCAACAGUGUCUCCAAAACCGUCAAUCUGAGUGUUUACUCCUCCAACAGGGCCCAGCCCUCCAGCUCCACUGGUCCCCAGCGUCCCCAGAGUUCAGCUCCAAACGUGUCGAUCCAGGUGAACCACAAAACCGACGGAAGCAUCACCACCAGAGUGUCUGGACCCACCGUGAGGAUCAGGCCAUCCACCUUCAGCAGAGACUCCGACUUCCCAGCCCUAGGGCGCAAUGAGGCCACCAGCACUUCCAAUUCCGCCCAGUGGACAAAGGUCACCUGUGUCAAGCCCUCGUCCUCAAGCUCCAAGAAAAAAGUAGCUCCAGCGCCUGUCCUGGAUCCACCACCAGCCUCUCUCUCUACAGUCUCCUGCAGCGAGGCCUUCCCCAGUCUGCCCAAGUCCUCGAAAGCUAAGAAAUCCUCGAUAUCAGUAGUAACGAACGACUCGUCCUCAUACGCCUCCACCUGGAACCGAUCCUCCGUCGUCAACGAGAACGAAUCAAACUCGACGGACGCCAACAAAGUCAACACGAAGAAGAAGAAAAAGAAGAAAGUCAAGCAGACAUCGAGUGGCAACAACUCCAGUGGCAACGAAUCAACAGCACAAAGUGUCCAAUCAGUGCGGGAUAAACCGUCCGAAGUGGCCAAUAGUCAGUCAUCAGGACUGAUGAGCGCCAGAGUGGAGUCCCAAGAUCGGAAGAAGAGUGAUUCGUCCCCAGAGCCUUCAGCUAAUCCUAAUCCACUCGAAAACGAAACAAAGGUGUCGACAAAUGGAAUAAGAAAGAGAUCGGAAUUGAAGAUAGACAGUUUAAAUAAUACGAACAAUGUGCGGAGGACUCUGGAGGAUUUCCCAGCGCUGGGUAAAACAUCAAAGACGAGAGCUGGAAACCCACCCCCUGGGUUUAACACAACUACCCCACCACCACCGGGCUUUGCAGUCAAACUCAACAGCACUGAGCAGCCGCGCACUGACAAUGGCUUGACAUUCACCAACAGCUCGGGAGAAAGUUUCUCGAUUCUGCCUGAUAAUGGAGAUAAAUCCUACAGCUAUGUGCCUCCCUUGGACUUUCCUCGGAGGAAUAAAAAUUUAGUCGCGAGGAUUGGCGAGGUCCUGGAGAGCCAGAAGGAGUCCAUGGAGGAGUUUAGGCAUUUUAGUGGGCUUUUCAGACGGGGAACACUCAGUGGUGAGCAUUAUUACAAGAGAUGCAGGAGUGCAAUGGGCGCUGAUGCAUUUCGCGAUGUUUUUCCGGAAAUGCUUGUUCUACUGCCAGACGUUGCUAAACAAAGGGAGCUCUUUGAUUUGCAUAAGAAGGAAGUGGGUGGCGUUAAGACGCUGGAUGUGUGCAGCACUUGUGGACAGGUUGUUAAAACUGGAAGUGAUUUCAAGGCGCACUUGUCGAGUCACACAUUGGACAGUCACUUUCCGGCCCUCGGGGAGGCCACUAAUGUGAUGGGUGGUAACACGUGCUUCAGGAGAGGAGCAUGAUGCAUUGUUAUUGAUUGUUGAAUCAUGAUUGAUCGUUGCUGGGAAUUAAUGAUUGAUGAUUAUUCUUUGGAGGAGAUAAAGGAUGAGAUGAGUCAAUUUAUGAAGGUUCAGUUUUUGAUGAAUAUAUGGGAGUUGAUGGAGAUGAGAAAUUUCGUAGGGACCUUUUGUAGUUUUUUCCCCUUAGAUUGGAAGAUAUUUAUUGAAGACUCACCUUAAAACACAGAUUGUUGAUUCAACUCCUUUCACCACUUUAUUCUAGUGAUGAGCAGACAUUAUUUUUGGGACUUUUUUUCUCGUUCUCAAAGCGAAUCUUUUCUUUUUAUAUGCGAUGACGUUAUCAUCUCAUAUACAAGCUGCCUCUCAUUUACAGGGAAAUCAUCAUUGAGAACGUAUUCAAUUUUUUUUUUUCACUGGGUUGUAUGUAAAUAUUUACGUUCAAGAACAAAGGAUUGAUUAUAUUUUUAUUGUAAAAUUAAAGAGAAGAGUUCUCAAGAUUAUAUCUGCGUUACCUAUGAGUUGAUAAGUAAUAGGAAAAUUUUAGACGAACGUAAUCAAUCGCCGAUGUACCAUUUUGUACAAUAAUAAAGUUAACACAAGGAUUUAUA